GGAGAAAAAGGCAACGGAAACGAUGCGUUUAAAGUUGAUAAGAAGCAGCAGUAGGAAAGUGCGAUACGAGAGACGAGAGUGAACCUCACUCAACCCAUUGCAUUGCUUCUUCCAUCCAUCGAACGGUACUAUCAUGUGUGAAAAUAUUGCUUCCUACUUGUCUUGAUUUCGAUGGACACUACUGAUAAGGUAGAAAAGGUAGCUUGUGUGAUUGGUGAUCGAUCGACGAGUGAUGUUGUUGUGAGGCUACGAACGCAGGAAGGUCGAGAUGAUUGGCUGUAUUGCCACUCAGAGGUUCUUAUAAGAAACUGCAAGUAUUUUGCUGAUAGGCUAUCUGAGGACUGGCCAACAUGUCAGAUCCUUGAUUCGCGUAACUGUGUCGAUGUCUAUUGCCAAGAAUUGGAUUUUGACUAUCAUGUGAAUCUUAUUCGUCUUCUCUACAUUGUUAUAGAUGGUUCAGUUGAUGAUUUGUGGCAUGGUGUUAGAAAUGCUCUAGGUGUUCUCCAGGUGGCGGUUGAGCUUGGAUGCCCUCAAAUUGUUACUGCCUGCGUGAACUACUUAGAAGCGGUCACCUGGGAAGAGGCUGAGGAGGAGGAGAUAUUGAAAAUUGUUCCUCGGAUGGGAUUACCGGCUGAGCCCAUCCUGGCUAGACUUCAACCGGUUAACCAGUCAGCUAUCAUAAACAUCUUUGUCUCGGCCAUUCGCUUUGCUACUUCAUCGCCUGCAGCACAAAUGAACGAUCUUAAAUCUUCUGCACAAGAGCAACUUGAGUACAUGCUAACUGAAGAUGAUGAUGCCCCUUUAUUGACAGCUGAUGACGACAUAAAACAUGAGGUAAAAGACUGUGUGAACAGACUAUUUUCCAGGUUUAACAACUCACUAAUAGCCUUGUUCUGUAGCUCCACAGAAUCGCUUUCUGAGGCUGGAAACAUUCAGUUGUUUCAAUCCUAUUUGACUGAUUUGUCUUGGGUUUGUCAGAUAUUGAGUAAGUUGGAAAUAAUGAGGGAAUUUGUUGAGUAUUGGUUUGAUGCAUCAGAAAAGAUUGUCAAGGUGCUUGAGCAAGGAAUUUCUACAACUGAAGUCAUUGAGAUAAAGCUGCGAGCUAUUGAGGUGACAUCGAAGGUUUUAGAGGCAAUUGGGUAUGGUAAUGUUAUAUUGCCAACUACAAAACGUCUUCAGGUUUUGAAAGUGUGGCUUCCAUUUGUGAGGGUUACAAAACCAUUGAUUGAUUCUGUCACAAUGAAUUGUGAGAAUGCCAUGGUGCUUAAAUUAGAUGGCGAAUUGUGGCAAUCCCUGGAAUCCACUUUUGUCUCUAUCAUUCUUGCAUUGCCAUCAGGGGAUCAGGCAGAGGUUUUAACUGAAUGGUUGGAAAAUGAGUAUAUGCGGUAUCCAGACCUGACUGAGGCAUUUGAAGUAUGGUGUUAUCGGUCCAAGGUUGCUAAGAGAAGACUAUCAGUGCUAGGGGAUGAGCAUGCAGUGACCAACCCAAUUUGAUGUUUCACAAAUUCUGUUCUUUAUAUCAGUUACUAAUCCAAGAUUCCUAUCUAAUUAAAGCAUUUAGAAGAGAAACAUCAUCUCUUUUUUGCACGUGAAUGGAAAAUUUUGUAGGAGGCAUCUAAAAUCUCCGCUUUUCAUCAAUUCAAUGUAAAUUACGUUGAAGAGUUUGUAAAAUGUUGUAUUUCUAACUGUCAACUGUAGAUGAUGUAUUUAUUUCAUAGUAAGCAAAAUCAUGAUACAUCAUACAUAACUGACAAGUAUACUUGUAAUUGAUGAUGAUUUUGCUUGGGUAUUUCUAUUUACUUGGAGGUUUUGCACUAGUCAGUUCUUGCUACUUGGUUUGGUAACACAAUACAACGCAUACUUGUGAUGUCCUGUGGUAAUUUGUUUCAGGGACAAAAAAAAGGUCAUUUUGACGUUUACUUUUGCCCGGAUACAGAAAAGUGCAAAGUGCAAACUGCAAACUGCCAAGGAAAGAAUUCUCCUAGCUUCCAAGGAGCAUCGUAUCAAGGUAAAAGAUAAAAUAGAAAUUAAUAGUUUGUGUGAGGAUAGAAUUCAAGUAAUUGCUAGGAAGAUUGAAGUUUAGAUUUUUGUGUCACCAUGUAACCUGCAAAACAAUUCCAUUUCCCAAAUCCUAUAGGCGCCCCUUUUCUUCAACAG